GGGGGGGUUUAAGGGGGGUAAGUUAGCUUGCCUGCUACCGAGCCAGGGGUUAAGUAUACCGGCUCAGGGAAAAUGUAAUGUAAACUUGGCUUUCAGUGUCAGUUUACAGAGUAACUUUAACGGUCAUUUAUUUUAUUUAUUUGUGAACUCGUGUCAUAGAAUCGCGAUCAAGACGGCAGUUCAGUGGACGCUCUGAAGUGCGGAGCAUCGAGCAAUUCAGGAAAAAGGAGGAAAAUGUGCCCUGUUGUUGAGUCUUCCAACCUGAAGGGGCCACUGUGGCAGAGUUUUCCUUAAUGCAUCCGUUUCCAGAAUCCCCAGAAUCCCACCACCUCUGGAGGAUCGGAUCUUUCCCACCCAGCCUGGAGUCGCGGCCGUCUAUAGUGUUUCCCGGCCCCCCCGGCCCCCCCUACUCCACUCACGACAUCACUAAGGGACACCCGAGCCUGGCGGGCACGCCCCCGGGGCACGGCUCCACCCCGGGCCUCUCUCAGGUAUCAGUAUCUACAGCUCACCUGUAUCGCUACCUUAAGAGCUGCGAGUCAGGCCGAGGGUCUCCGUACCCCUCGGGGCAGAAUGCCGCCCAGCUCGUGUACUCUCCGCCGACGCAGCCAAUGAACGCCCAGCCCCAGAGCCGCCCGUUUGCGGCGGGCCCUCGGGCGUCCCACCACCAGGGAGGAUUCCGACCCAUUCAGUUUUUCCAGAGGACCCAGAUGCAGCAGGUGAGGCCCACCAUCCCCAGUAACAGCCCCUCCAUCCGGCCAGGAUCGCAGACCCCCACCGCCGCCGUGUACCCGCCCCCCAACCAGCCCAUCAUGAUGACCAUGACCCCCAUGCCCUUCCCCUCCCCGCAGGCCGCACAAUACUACAUCCCCCAGUACCGCCACAGCACCCCCCAGUACGUGGGCCCCCCCCAGCAGUAUUCUGUGCAGCCCCCCGGCCCCAACACCUUCUACCCCACCCCUCCUGGGGAGUUCCCCACUCCCUACGCGGGCCCCCCGUACUACCCAGGACAGGCUGUGUACACCCCCUCCCCCCCCAUCAUCGUGCCUACACCACAGCAACCUCCACCCACCAAGAGGGAGAAGAAGACAAUCCGGAUCCGGGACCCCAACCAGGGCGGCAGGGACAUCACCGAGGAGAUCAUGUCGGGAGGGGGCACCGGGAGCCGGAACCCCACCCCCCCUGUGGGCCGGCCGUCCUCCACCCCCACCCCCCCGCAGCAGCUGGGCAGCCACACCCCGGAUCACGGCCCGGUCGGGUACAGCGUGGACAGCACCCCCCACCUCUCCACCAGCGCUGUCGACGUGAAGCCAGAUGAGAAGCCAAAGCAGGACCCUGCGCCCGCGCUGAAGCCUCCCUCCCCAGGCCUGCAGCCGCUGGACCCCCCAGCAGAGAAGAGCGACCCCGCCCCCCCAGAGAAACUGCCGGAGCCCCCCCUUCCCAGCCCCCCCGCAGCGCCCCCCAGCACAGGCCCGAGCCCCCCGGCCCCCGCCGUCAGCCCCCGCCCAGCCCCCGCCACCCCGGAGGAACCCGCCCCCACCCCCAAAGAUGAGCCCAAGCUGCCCCCUCCUGACCCCGCCCCAGCCGCAGAGCUCAGGAAUCGAGAGGCCCCACCCCCCGGGAGCUGCCCCACGGGCCCCCGGCCCGCCCCCACCCCCCCGCCCCCGCUCCUGAAGGCCAUCAACGGGCUGACGGACAAGGACGAGGCUUCGCUGAGCCGCGAGCUGGAGGCCCCGCCCCCGGAGUCCGCCCGGCCGCCCUCCCCGCCCCCGAGCCAGCCCGUGGCUCCGCCCCCUGUCGCCGGCGGCGACGCCUUGGAGGUCGUUUCCCGGGAGACGCGGGCAGAGAGCCCCCCCGAGGUGGUCUCCGCCGUCCCAAGCAGUGGCGUGGCGCCGCUGGCGGAGGCCCUCCUCGGGCCGGAGUCGAAGGAGCCCCCGUGUCGCGCGGGAGGAGACGCGGAGACGCUCCCGGACAGCAGCGGAGACCUGCAGCCCCUCCCCAAUCCCAGAAAAAGCCCAGUUUUAGCUCAAGCCGCUUCACCUGCACCAAAGACCUGGAAAAAGCCAAAAGACGCAGCCCCCGUGGGGGAGGCCCUGGCCAAGGAGAAACAGGACCCGCUGGUGGCUGAGGAGUCUGGGGACAGCGCCCCCCCCGGCGAGCAGGAGCAGCGCCCCCCGCCCUCCCCCAGCCCCGAGGAGCGGCCGGACCCCCCCAUGCCCGAGGAGAACGGCGAGCAGGAGGCGGAGCCUCUGCGGAACGGCGCCGAGCACGCCUCCGAGACGGAGAGCAGCGACAGCGGCGUCGCCCCCGGCGACAAGGACGCCUCCGAGGGCCCGCCCCCUUACGUCUUCCAAGAAGAGCCUGUAGAGUCUGAUGGGAAGAAGCAGUAUAACAGGGACUUCCUGCUGAGCUUCCAGUUCAUGCCGGCCUGUGUGCAGAAGCCGGAGGGGCUGCCCCCCAUCUCUGACGUGGUGCUAGACAAGAUUAACCAAAACAAGCUGCCCAUGCGGGCGGUGGACUCGCGGGUCAUCUCUCGAGGCCCUGACUUCACGCCCGCCUUCGCCGACUUCGGCCGACAGAGCUCAGGAGGAAGAGGAGCACCGCUCCUGAGCGUGGGUCUGCGGAGGCCCCCUCCGCGGAAGAUCAUCAUGAACGUGUCGGUGAAUGACGAGGUGCAGCUGAAGAAGUCUGAGAACGCCUGGAAGCCCGGGAUGAAGAGGGAGGGCGCGGCCGACGACCCCGAGGCCCAGAGGACCCAGGAUCUGUUCCGGAAGGUGCGGAGCAUCCUGAACAAGCUGACGCCGCAGAUGUUCAACCAGCUGAUGAAGCAGGUGACCGACCUGACCAUCGACACGGAGGAGCGGCUGAAGGGCGUCAUCGACCUGGUGUUCGAGAAGGCCAUCGACGAGCCCAGCUUCUCCGUCGCCUACGGCAACAUGUGCCGCUGCCUGGCCACGCUGAAGGUCCCGAUGGCGGACAAGCCGAACAGCACGGUGAACUUCCGGAAGCUUCUGCUGAACCGCUGCCAGAAGGAGUUUGAGCGGGACAAGGUGGACGACGACGUGUUCGAGAGGAAGCAGAAAGAGCUGGAGUCUGCCGCCUCCGCCACUGAGCGGGACCGGCUGCAGGAGGAGCUGGAGGAGGCGAAGGACAAGGCUCGGCGCCGCUCCAUCGGGAACAUAAAGUUCAUCGGCGAGCUGUUCAAGCUGAAGAUGCUGACGGAGGCCAUCAUGCACGACUGCGUGGUGAAGCUGCUGAAGAACCACGACGAGGAGUCCCUGGAGUGCCUGUGCCGGCUGCUCACCACCAUCGGCAAGGACCUGGACUUCGAGAAGGCCAAGCCUCGGAUGGACCAGUACUUCAACCAGAUGGAGAAGAUCGUGAAGGAGAGGAAGACGUCGUCGCGGAUACGCUUCAUGCUGCAGGACGUGAUCGACCUGAGGCUGCACAACUGGGUGUCUCGCCGAGCGGACCAGGGGCCCAAGACCAUCGAGCAGAUCCACAAGGAGGCCAAGAUCGAGGAGCAGGAGGAGCAGAGGAAGGUGCACCAGCAGCUGCUGUCCAAGGACAACAAGAGGAGGCCAGUGGUGCAGAGGGAAGAGACCUGGAGCACUGUCCCCAUGACCAAGAACAGCAGGACCAUCGACCCCUCCAAGAUCCCCAAGAUCUCCAAGCCCACCAUCGACGACAAGAUCCAGCUGGGCCCCCGCGCCCAGAUCAACUGGGUCAAGGGCAGCAGCGGGGGAGCCGGGGCCAAGGCCAACGAAUCAGAUUUGACCCGGUCCAGCGGCAGCAACCUGAACCGCUACUCCGCACUGCAGUCCUCCGGCCCCCCGCAGCCCGCGGCCCCCGCCUCCAUGCCCCCCCCAGACUUUGACUCCAGGAGGAGCACGAGCAGCCGCAGCAGCCAGGGCCGGGAGCGAGGCGAGAAGCUGGCGGGAUCAGCGCCUGUAAGGACCGCCCCCUUUCCCCGCGGCGGCAGCGUGAAGGAGGCGCAGGAGAGCCCCGCCCUCACGGACCCCCCGCGCCGCGACACCCCCCCCGAAACCCCCGACCCGCCCAAGCACCCCAGCGCCCCCGAGGACAAGCCUGAACUGGACCGGGCCCGGGCCAGGGAACCAGCAGUGAAGGUUGAGGCUCCUCCUGGUCUCACUCUGGACACACCGCUCCUGUCUGAGGAGGAGCUGGAGAAGAAGUCCAAAGCCAUCAUCGACGAGUUUCUGCACAUCAACGACUACAAGGAGGCAGUGCAGUGUGUAGAGGAGCUCGAUCAGGCGGCCCAGCUGAGUGUGUUUGUCCGAGUCGGUGUGGAGUCUACGCUGGAGCGGAGUCAGAUCACACGCGACCACAUGGGGCACCUCCUCUCCCUGCUGCUGCAGUCCGGAACUCUCGCCAAGUCCCAGUACUUUAAAGGGUUUUGGGAGACCCUGGAGCUGGCUGACGACAUGGCCAUAGACAUCCCCCAUAUAUGGCUGUACCUGGCGGAGUUGGUGACCCCCGUGCUGCGGGAGGGAGGGCUCUCUGUGAGAGAGUUAUUUAGUGAAUUUAGCAAGCCUUUGCUUCCUGUGGGAAGAGCAGGGAUAUUAUUUUCUGAAGUGCUGCACCUUCUAUGCAAACACAUGAGCCAUAGGAAAGUGGCCUCUCUCUGGGGGGAGUCUGGGCUCAGCUGGGAGGACUUCCUGCCAGAGGGGGAAGAUGUGCUGAGCUUCAUCUCAGCCCACAAACUGGACUUCACCCUGUCUGACUGCUCCAGCCCCGAGGAGUCGCUCUCCAGAGCCGAGCUGUCCCCCGACGAGCUCAACCGACAGCUGGGGAAGCUGCUCCUGGAGGACAUGGCCGGAGACGAGCAGAUCUUUGACUGGGUGGAGGCAAAUUUAGACGAGUCCCAGAUGAGCUCCCCUCCCUUCCUCCGAGCUUUAAUGACGUCUGUGUGUAAAGCAGCAGUAACAGAUGGAGCUCUGGGUGACGCGGGACAGGUGGAUGGGUCACGGCGCCUCUCUGUCGCCCCCCCAGGGGACAGCGCGUCCUGUCGAGUGGACACCACCAUCAUCCAGAGGAGGCUCCCUGUGCUGCUGAAGUACCUGAGCUCCGACACCGAGCGGCAGCUCCAGGCUCUGUACGCACUGCAGGCCCUGAUCGUUAAGCUCGACCAGCCUCCCAACCUGCUCCGGAUGUUCUUCGACUGCCUGUAUGACGAGGACGUGAUCUCGGAGGACGCCUUCUACAGGUGGGAGAGCAGCAAGGACCCCUCUGAGCAGCUGGGUAAGGGCGUGGCCCUGAAGUCCGUCACCGCCUUCUUCACCUGGCUCCGCGAGGCGGAGGAGGAGUCCGAGGACAACUGACAGGGGCGGGUCCAGUCUCGGCCAAUCAGUGCAGAGCAACCGGCCUCCGCUGAAAACAUCAUCUGCAACCUUAAAAAAAAAAAAAAAAAAAAAAAAAACCCCCAGAAAAACAAACGUAUGCACGGACGGGAGGUGGGCGGUGGUUUGAGUCUCAUGGUACGGUACCCAACGUUUGCAUCAAAUCGGCCGGAGCACUAAAACGCAUUGUAUUAUUUAUAGAAAAUAUUUAGUUUUAAAAUUUAAACUUUUUUUUUUUUUUUUUGUUACUUUUUAAGAGACUUUAAAAAAAUUACAAUUCCUGUGCAACAAAGAAUACAGUACAUAGGUUCUGAACUCUUUAAUUUAUUAUUUUUUUAAGGACUGCAAAUACGGAAAUUUAUUUAACGUUUGCAGAUGCUCAAAAUGUGGAGGACAUUGAUGGUAAUAGAAAUAACAAUAAUAACAAUAAUAAUAAAAUAAUAAUAUUAAUAAUAAUAAUUGAAUGCCAGGUAGCCUCCCUGAAUUUGGUUUAGAGAUGUAAAAAAAAAAAAAGAAAUGACUUUUGGGUUGGAAGGGAGGGAAGGAGGGGAGGGGGUGUUGGUUAUAGGCAGGGUCACCUGUUCAAAAGGUCAAAGGUUAUUGCGGAAUAACCUCAGGAACUGUUUCUUCUACUUUGGCUUGCUCUAUUGGACCUGUAUAUACUCCCACCGACGGGACGGAAACGCCCGUGAAAAAGAACAAAAUAAAAGCGCAGCAACUUGCACGAGAGUGGUCCUGAGCGAGGUUGCUGAUUAAAGUGCUUGUAACUCCUCAGACUUACAGAGCAAAUUUAAAGCUUGUAAAUACAUUAAAGACAAAAAAAGAUAUUUAAAAAAACAA